AUGACGUGAUAAGUGCGUGAUAACUACAUGAUAAGUACAUCUACAUUGAUUUUGAAGGGAUGACAUGUUUUGUACAUAUGCGUUUGUCUGUUAGUCAGAGUACAACAUGAACAAUAAAUAUAAGAUACCUACAGUGCAUCAAUCUUAAAAAAGCUAUCAAAGGAACACAAUUUAAUAUUUUAUGGAAAAAUACAUUCAUGUCUUGAAUAUAAAACGUUUGUAAAUUUUUUAAAAUAACAUGUCAGAAAAGCAUUAAAAUACAAGAGACACAACAAGCAAUUUUUCAUAUCAUAUUUUAAUUGCUUAUUUUUGAGGUUUGAUUGACACACACAAGCCAAUAUUGAUUUUCGACACUUGUUGCUAGAUUUAGCGAUGGUUGAGAUGUGACCACCGUCAUUUGGUAAAGUGAUACAACAUGCAGUUGGACGAGUGCUUGGUGUGAAGUUUAAAACAUGUCACGAAGACUAUUCAAAAGUGAGCAAACAGAUUUUGAGAAAAUUAGCCACUGCACCUUACAACGCGGCAGUCCAUCUUGCAACUCUCAAGACAACAUAAAAUCAAACUCCGAUAUUCUUCCGGAUUUGCAAAAGCAAAACUUGAAGUUAACUAGCCUGGACAUGGCAAAGGAUAUGGCGAACUCGGUGAACACAUUUCAUAACAUUUUUUCAACACCGUUGCCACCAAUAAAGACCUUGCCUAAAAUACAGGCCAAAAGACCAACAUCGUUAAUUGGAUUGGAUACUAGUAACUUGACAAUGUCCAAGAGGCCGGGAAGUCUUCCACAGAUAACUCAAAAACCUUUGUGUAAAGGUCGUUUGAAUUUCGGACCAGCGUGCUCUAAAUACACGUUGACUAAAAUAGAGCACUUUGAAAAGCAAAAUUCUCAAUCGGAAGUGACCGCUACAACUCCAUCUGAUGUUAUUACAACAAUCGUCGACCCUUUGGCUGUUUCGGGCAAUGUAUUGGAAAAUGAUGAAGAUGACCCAUCCGGUAGACUAGAAAAGGUACUCCGCAAAAUAGGGAAUGUUAAAAUACGCAAGAGGGAUCAUGACGAAAGAUUAGCUUGUGCCAAAUGUUUAAACGAUUUGGACACAAUCUCUAAAGAAGUAGGAUUUGAAAGAAUGUUUCAACGUGCUAUAGAUUCGCCAGGAGAUAUGUCCCCUACUUGUUUAUCGCCUAUAAUCACAAAAAACAAUACAACAGUAGUGCCAUGGCCAGCCCCGUGUCUCGUGGAAGUGGAAAGACUAUCAAAUUCCACCAUUGAAAGUCCAAAAGACGACGCAAAGAAAAAACAACUAUAAGGACACUCAUAUGAAGUGCAUGCCAAAUUAUAAUAACAUAUGAUAUGAUAUGAUUUGAUAUAAUUGCACAAGAUGUCAGUUCUCCUGCAGAUUCUGAUGCACUGGAAAUAACAAAUCUUUGGCAAAUACCUUUUGGCAUAGCAUAUCAUAGCACAACUUUCUCUGCUUCAACAAAAUCC